AAAUUCACAGAGGCUGGACAUGUGCAAUACACUUAAAUAGGCCGAUCAAGUACAAUUAAUUUAAAGACAAAACAAACUCGCUACAAAUAAAUACAAUACAAACUAAGUGUGCACUUUUUUUUGUUGUUUUUCUUAAGAUUUAUUUCCAGUUGCUUGUCUCUUCGUUCAGUUGAAAUACGACUGUGCGUCAAUUGAUGUUUAAGCAGAAGCACAAAUAGGGGAUGAAUUGAGGCCGCCUGGGUGUAGGCCAACAAUGGCAAAUAUAAAGAUGAGAAUAAACUAAUAACGCUGCGUUGACGUGUCCGAGGAGGCCCUUUCACGUCAGCUCGCCUUUGCGUGUGCGCGUGCACGGCGGGGGCGCUCAGUGGACGAAUCCUCUGCCGUGCUGCGUUCAAGUCCGCCUCUCCGCCGCUCAGGCCGCUUUGCCAUUGACGCGCGUUAAAGCGCCUUUAAAGCUCCUCUCCACCUCCAGGCGAGCAGCAGAGGCAGUGGCCAAUCAGCAUGCCAUUAGGAGGCUUCAGAGGAAGCUGUUUAUGAUGGCAGUGCAGCGCUAAUUAGCCUCAUGAACUAACACAUCUGCCCGCACCGAGUCACCGAGGAAAGCGAUCACUUCCAUGGAUUAGUGUGGGAAGCAGACGGACACUUUUUACUUGACGUCCUCCACGCUGCUGCUCUUCUUCUCAACUUAUUCGCCGCGCAGCAACUUUUCCUCUUCCUCAACUCUGCUGGAGUAUUUCCUUCCCUCUUAAACUGGGGAACCCGGACUAUCACACCAUGUUCCAGCCGACACCCAAGAGGUGUUUCACGAUAGAGUCGUUAGUGGCCAAGGAUAAUCCGGUGCCGGCGUCCCGAUCCGAGGAGCCCAUCAGGCCAGCGGCGCUCAGCUAUGCAAACUCCGGCCAGAUGAACCCCUUCCUCAACGGCUUUCACUCCGGCGGCAGGGGCGUCUACUCUAACCCGGACUUGGUGUUCGCUGAAGCGGUCUCCCAUCCGCCCAACUCGGCAGUGCCGGUGCAUCCGGUGGCCCCGCCGCACACCCUGGCCGCUCAUCCGCUCUCGUCCUCUCACAGCCCGCACCCUCUUUUUGGCAGCCAGCAAAGGGACCCUUCCACCUUCUACCCCUGGUUAUUACAUAGAUAUAGAUACUUGGGACACAGAUUUCAAGGUAAUGAAACGAGUCCAGAGAGCUUCCUUUUGCACAACGCGCUGGCCAGAAAACCCAAACGAAUCCGAACGGCUUUCUCUCCAUCACAACUCCUGCGGCUUGAACACGCGUUUGAGAAAAACCAUUACGUGGUGGGUGCAGAGAGGAAACAGCUCGCGCACAGCCUUAGCCUCACAGAAACUCAGGUAAAAGUGUGGUUCCAGAACCGGAGGACGAAGUUUAAGAGACAGAAGCUGGAGGAGGAGGGCUCCGAGUCCCAGCAGAAGAAGAAGGGCUCCCAUCACAUAAACCGCUGGAGGCUGGCCACCAAGCAGGCCAGUCCGGAGGAAAUCGAUGUGACGUCGGACGAUUAAAGACGAGACUUGAAAAUGAGGACACGAAUACAGGAUACCGUGGGAAGACAGGAGGGUCCAAAAACCCCAAUGUCACAUUUCACAUCUCCGAUGGGCAGCUGAGGGCGACGGAAGGCCGGCUGGUGGUCCAGAUGUCACCCAAAAGAAGCAGGAACAUGGUACUGACUGUCCACCUGAAUUCUUCUUCUUUUUUUUUUUUUUAUAUAAAUCCAAUUCAUAUUGGACGUUUGCACUUCUGACCCCCCCAAUUCAAGAUAUACCAAAACUGCUUUUUUUUUUAAACACUCGAAUUGCAUGGUUAGUUGUUUUAAUUUAACACAAUCACAAGGAAGACACAUUCGCGCUUCUUCCUUUCCACACAGUGUGCAGUCUUUUCAUUCAUAAUUCUCGUGUACAAGUGAUUGUGAAAACAUAUGAAGUAGCAGUGCUGCGUUAUGGUGUUUUUUUAUUUUUAUUUUUAAGAAAAAAAAAGCAAAAACUGGUUUUCUAAUGAAACAAAAUUACAGAUUCUAAGGGAAGGUAUCAGGACAUUCCUUUCACCUCUAAAGCUUUACAGCGUGUGGCUGUGCAUGGCCCCACGCAGCCUUCUGUUACCACUCAGAUGCCACAAAAGGACUUUAAACGAAUUACACAGAGAAAAAAAAAAAAAAAACUUCAAGCACUGAGCGUAUUCCAUGUACAGAAAUACUAAAUAAUGUUUCUGUUAAGCCCUCUUUUACAGAAUGUAAAUAAUUUUUGUGUAUGUGUUAAGUUUGCUACAAUUUUAACACAAAGUAUACUUCCAAGAAGUAUGUAAUUGUCAAUAUUUUGUCAAUAAAGUUUUAUCAAUAUGUCGCGCGCUGUAAAAGUACACAGGUCUUUAUUUUACAAUCAUUUGUUGCCGUUGUCAUUUCACAGGUGCAUCUCAAUAAAUUAGAACGUUAUUAGAUUCCAGGAGAGAGCAAUUAAAGGCUCACUCGGGGAUCGGUUGUUUAUAAUCUCCCAUUUUUUGACACCUAAAAAAGUCAUAAAAUAUAAAAAAAAAACAUUCUUGAAGGAUUUCACUCUGCGCGUGGUGAAUCUACAGAAUACAGGAGUGACGUAUUUAAAUAUAUUCUCAUGAACUGAGACGUUUCUGUACGUUUAAAUAAUAAUAAUAAUAAUAAUAAUAAUAAUUUGUGCUCGGUUGAGCGUUUGUUUCUCACAUGAUUGUGUUCAGCUCCAAAGAGUCUGGACGAGCUUUUGUGAAAGUGCAAAUCAGUUUGGGCAAUUAUCAUGCGAGUAAUAUGAGGGGGGAAGUAUUGCCCAGUGGUCCACUUUAAUCUCUUAAUCCGGAUCCAAGGGGGCUUGGUUGGACAUAAUUUAGCACAAUCUGACUAGCCCUCGCGACGCGAUAAGGGAAGGUUGCAAUGUGCCGCAAAAUAGGAUCUUUGUUUCAAAUCUUGUCUCGUGGCUGCAACCACAUCAUGACACACUUCUUUUUUUUCUUCUUUUUUUUUAGGAGCAUGCACACUUUUUUCUGUGGAAGUUUGUUUAUUUUUUUUUCCUUAAUCGGCCCCAUUUGAUUAUAACUGCAAUAAAAAUCUUUAGAGAAUACCAUUAGCUUUGGAGGGAAAAAAACCCUAAAAGCUUUAUUACAAACCCAGCUUUGAAAUAGGGGGGAUUAGAGGACUGAAAGGGUCCCACAAUAGUUAGAAGAAAAGGUUUCAUGCUAAUGAGGUUAAUGCCCUUUGUAUCUGCGGACUCCACAACUUCAUUACUCCUAUCUCGGGCAACACCGAGCGGCUCAGAGCUUCACAAUCCACUCCAGCUUCUCCCCUCCCUGCCUAUAAAGAAGGAUUUGAUAGCAGUCCUGUUCAAACUAGAUAAUUAUAUCUUUUCAAGUUGGAAUUAAGAUAAAGAAAGUGCAGUGGAGGCGCUGAGCCUUGAUCCGCCGCAAACAAAUUUGGCGCAGUCCCCCCCCCCCUCUCGGCCCCCCCGUUUUGCACCCUCUGUGCGCCUGUAUGGACACACAGGAGACAGGACAGCGUCUCGUUAGAGCCUGCCACCAUUUGAUAAAUUUAAUGCAUAUGUUUUAACCUACAAAUCCCUUCUAUUCAUUGGCCUUUUAUUUCUUCUUUUUUUUUCUUUUUAAUGUGCAAAAAAAAAAAAUAAAAAAAGGUCAGUGCUUUGGACAUUUUAAUUGGAGUAUAAGUAAUGUCGUCUUUAAUAGAAACGAAUUGAAUAAAAAAAUGAAAUGAACGAAGAAAGACUAAAACAUGAGUGUGUUCAUUUGGAUUUGGUGUAAUGUAGCAUUUAAAAAUAAAGUGGAAAAAGUGCAAAUAAAUGUUGCAGUAAAUGCUUGAUAAUUAGAUUAGAUUAAAAUUCGCAGGCACAAGCAAUUAUAUUUAUUUUCAAAAUUGUGCGUGGAGUCCAAACUCGCUUUUGAUCCUUCCAUCUCCGUCCAACACGAUUGUGAGCGUUAAACAUUUAGUGCACAAUGUGAAAUAAUUAUCCUUCAGUGAAAAGAGUAUAGUUGCGCCUAUCAAGUGACCCCCACUGACCCAAAACCUCUAAUCUGCAAUUAGUAGCUCUAAUUACGUCCGCUGACAUCACUAAUGUGCAUGGAGGCAGAGGGAGGGGAAGACACGGGACAGGUUCAACGUUGCUGCUCAAAGUCAACAAGGGAUUGCGCUGAAACCUUCUUCAAGUGUUGUUUUGUUUUGUUUUUGUCCGCCCCACGCGCGGAUGGCGCAUCAGCAGGCCGCUGCGUGUGCGUCCACACAACCGCGACACGACCAAAAACUUGAUCUGUCCCGUUUCCCAAAUUGCCUCUGAAAUGGAUCCAUGAAACGAGAGAAUGGACCCCACACAAUUCUUCUAGACCUUGACAUAAGGUACAGCGAUAAAUAUACAAGACAAACGAGCAAUUACAAUCAGCCUUCAAACAGCUUGCAUCAUAAUGAAUUAAACAUCCCGCAGCCUCGGAUUCAGUUUCCUCCGCCUUCUUCUUCUUCUUCUUCUUCUUUUUUUUAUUAACAAUGAGGCAGACUUGAUGUGAACCGAUGAUUUUCCAAACGCAGCACUUUCCAGCUGCGAUGAGUGGAGUCAGCACUGCUGCAUUCAUCUCAUUAAAUGUUGUUGUUGGAUUCACAUUCAAUUCACAUUUGGAUGCAAAGUGGAAAAUGACUUGACUUCCAUUACUUACACACUGGGGGGGGGGGAAACAAACAGGCCACAACAAUGAAAUAUUUACAUCUGUGUUUAUUUUUCUUCGUUUGCGGGUAAAUUAAGAGCAGGGUUUAAUAAAAGUUACAUUUCAAGGUUUGAAGACAUGAAUUAGAGAAGUUCAGAUGACACACACUCGUGCUCGUGCCCUACCUGCUUCUGUUGCAUUCAUACUAGGGGGCGGGCGAUACUGCACAUUUUUGUAUCGAUCCGAUAUCAAGUAAAUACAGGUGAAAAAUUGCCGAGGCGGAUGCUUUUCACUCGAUGUUAUUGAAGCUCAUUUGUCCUUUCAUUUGUCGAUCAUCAUUAUAAUAAUAGAGACACACGAUAAGGCUCUUUUAAUAAGAACAUUUUCAGCAAACAAAACAAAAAAUAUGUUUCAUCAAUUCAACAACAUUGAAUUGACAGUGUAACAAACUCAUACAUUUAUUACGUUUUAUUCAACAAAAUAAAGUCAUUAAUGCCAGAAUAAGUAAGCAAAAACUAUCGUCUCUCAUUUAAAUCCUUUCGCUUUUUGACCUCAAACCCCUCCGGCGUCCAAGAGACUUGCUGCUUGGUAUAUUUUAUAAAAAUAUACCAUGAAAUAAUACGAACAACACAACAUAAACAUUAAAUAUGUGUAAAAAUACACAUAGAAGAAAACUGAAAAACAUCAGGAUACUGAUUGGUAUCAAUACUACCGAUAUUCGGAUGGAUGAGUCAUACCCAUGAUGCACUGCCCUGCACCCCCCCCCCCCCCCCCCCCCAAUGUUGUGCACCCUCUGAAGGCGUCUGCCACCUAUGAGCUCUUUCAACCACUUUAUUUUCUCGAAUGUGUGUGUGUGUAAUGCGAUGCUGUUUCAUUUGCAUAUAAGUGGCAUGUUUUCCAGCACCAGCUCUGAAGGGAGCAAUUGUGGACCCCCCGCCCCGUCCUGUGAAAUUACAAACAUUUUAUAAGUGGUAUCUGCAAGCAGCCCCGUUCCCCUCAGUGCCCUAAUGCGUAACACAUGGCGGACUAUACACCUGAUAAAAUACCUCAGGGGCCCUGCAGUUUGGAAAAUCCUCAAUUGGCUCCCUAAAUAAAACAAACAAUGGCUUCACUAAAUAUAUCACAUGUGCCUGCUGAACUAUUCUGCGUCUCUUGACCUGCGAGUCCCCUCUCUCAUCAUCAGCUGAUGUGAGCUUCAUGUGUGCGGCCGCCAAUGCCGAAAAGACACCUGAUACCGCUUGUUAUGUAUGCCAUUCCCAUUCAAAAGUCAGUAUAUUCCACCCUUUCGUUGCCAUGGCUUGUGUUGUGGUGUGAGACAGGUGCACACCUGCUUUGCACCCGGCACAACCUUGCUGUGUCUCCCCCUCUCGGUAGCAAAGAGGAGGAAAAGUCCCCCCCCCCCCCGCCCCAAAACAAAAUCAAAUCUCAAGUUUCUCUUGGCUGAGUCCGGAGGCGAACGAGAAAGCGUCUGGAAAGUGAAGCAGCAGAAAAUAGCAGGAGUGGACUCGGCGGGGACGCAGGGGGGCUUGUUUGGACUGGGAUUGUACUUCCUUGCUCUCUUCAAACAUGAGCGAGAAAUCAGGUCUGUAGGAAAUGAUAGGCGUUGAUUACCCAAUCUGGCAUAAAUACAUGCAUGAAUAAUAAUUAAAAAAAAAGUCAAAUACGCCUCAUUAGUUGCACAAAAACUUGCUGAGCUGAGUUCCGUCAUUAUCAAAGACUUGCCGUGGCACCCCCCGUUACGAAUGACAUCAGUAGACACUCUUGUAAGGUGAGUGGUGAUGAGGUGGUGAAAUAGUUGUUGCAAAUUAUUUAUUACAAUGACAAAUGUGAGGACAGCCCUGCAAGUGUGUUUUGAUUUUAGUGCGGUGGCUAAAGUGUGGCCCGGGGGCCAUUUGUUGCCCACGGUUUGGUUUUUGUUGACUCGCAGCACAUUGUGGAAAUAAAAUUAAACAAAAAAACCCCCAGCAAAAAUGAUAAAAAUAGAGCAAAAAGGCUUUGUCUUUAAAUGUAUAUAGCGUUUUUUUUCCCCAAAAAAUGAAAGUGGCCCCUACAUCCUUUGAGUUUUCAGUAUGUGGCUUGCAAUGGACAAAGUUUGGACACCCCCGUGUUGGGCUGUCUGCUGAGUAGCACUUGUUCAAUGGUGAUCAUGACAUGCUCCGAUCGAUCGGCCACCGAUCAGUAUCGGAUGAUUUCCGUGAAAAAGCACGACAUUGGCGUAUGCCGAUACUUGCCCAUCAACUCCAUCGAUCAGUUCCGCCCCCAUUGCGGUAUCCAGCCCAUAGCAACCGUCUCCCGCCCGCUUUCCAUACACAAAGCCAAAAACAAACAUGUCUGCUGCGUGGGUGUUGGACUUACCUGUCGAUCUAAUCUUUGCACCCUCCACAAAUGUCUCGCCCGGGUGGCGCGUUAAAACUUUAAUUUGUUGCAGCAUUUGAGGGGCAGGGUGUGGUGAGUUUUUGAAGCUCGCGAUGUGAUCAUUGGUCGGGUGGCAGGGCAGCUCAUGUAGCCAUGUAUGCGUGGCAGUCGAAGGUCUAGCCCGAAAAGUGGUUGGAUUCGUUGGACUGGAUGGCCGGCCGUCGUAGGCGGUGGAGGAAUCCGGGUGUGCUCUCCUAUCAAAAUUCUCUUUAAAGAAGGUGUCUGAUCCUCUCAAGUUUCACCAGUGAUUUGGAAAAAGGAAGUCAAAUAUGUUUUUUGUCAAAAUGUUAUGGUUCCACUUUCAUACAGUAUCAUACAGCCCAGGGGUCACCAUCGGAGUCCCCCACAACCACAUGAGGCGCCUGCAAGCCAGCUUUUCAUUUCGAUUUUCAGUUAAUAAUGUGAGAACACAAGAAAGAAAUGCAUUCUGAAAUACAAAAUCCGAGUUGUGGAUUUUGUUAAUGUUCUGGUAAAACAAGCAUAUUCACUUUGUUUGGGUUGAAAAUGGUUGAAAAUUGGGUUGAAAAUAAAUGAGUAGCUCUUGGCCAUUGUUGUUUUGUAAAAGUAGCACUGACCCGUGAUAUAGCCAAUAGUAAAUAAAUGUUCUUUUACUUAAUCUAUGUGAUCGGUAUCGGUAUCGUCCGAUUGCACUCAUGGAUGAUCGGUAUAUCAUCCCUAAUUUUUACCCUUGCAUGAUAUUUAAGUGGUGGUCCUCGGUUCAUGGCGUUCUGUGUUACGACGUUUCAUAGAGACGUGAACCCAUAAAUGAAUGAAAAGCAUCAUUUUGGUCCCUAAACACGAGAGUCGCUCGAGAACAACAGUUAAGAAUACGUGUCAGGGUGGAAGAAUACCGUGUGCACCUGCUCAGCCACGCCGAGGAAGAAUAACAUCGCUUAAUAGUUCACUUUUACGCGUGAUUAUGUCUCCCAAGCGGCAGCGCGACAAAGAAAGGAAAAGCUUUCACCAUGGAAGUGAAAAUGAACAUCAUGAAAAGCUCACAGAGAGGAGACAUGCUCACCAAUAUUGGCAACUCUUUUGGUUCUGACCAUCAUUAAGGAUAAAGAUUAUUGAAUGCUAAUAAAUGCUAGGAGGGUCAUGGAUUCUGUGCACUGUUCUCUAGGAGGAGCGGGGGAGAGAGCAGUCGGCGAACCCUGCAUCUUCCACCGCUGAGAGAGGCUGGUCACCUCCUCGGUUAUUUGCUUGAGACUCCUGACUGUCACACAGUGUUGUCCAGCGUUGGCUCAAUGGGUUGCCGUUUGACUGAUGAUCACAUCGUGAAACCCCCCCCCCAUACUCUGUCAAGUGUUUGUUCUUCAAAUGCCGUAUUAAAUGAAAGCUUUCUAAUGUGAUACCCCGGAGAGAUAUUUUUCAUGGCAUGUUUUGCAGGGUGCAAAAUUGAUAUCACUUUCACACACGGCGACGACAGGCAUGAUUGUUUUGGGUUUGGCACGCCUGCACAGAGUGGAAGAACGUGGGCAGGGUACGCUCGCUACAGGCUGCAAGCUGCAAUAGCACCAGCCAGAGGGCAUCGGCUCGAAAGAUCGGCGUUGAAAUGCAUUUAUCGGUAUAUGCCGAUCACGUGCUUUUUCCCGAAAAUCGUCCGAUACUGAUCGUUGGUCUAUCGAUCGGAGCGUCCCUAAUGAAAACAUCAACAUGUAACAAUUGUGGGCUUUCUAACACAUGCAUGCUUUACUUGUAUUGUCACGUAUUUAUAAGUGAUUGCCAACUUAUGGUCAAUGAGAUGUGAUUUUUGCGGAACUAAAACUAAUUCCAAAAAUUCUAAAUCCAAAAAGUAAUUUUUGGAAUACAACAUUCUGAACCGUGAUCAUAAAAAAUGCCAGAUUUUUAAAACUGACCGCUUGCGAGAACCACAUUUGCCAAAUUGUCUGCAGCCCAAUAAAGACAUAAGCAUCGACUUGCAACUUCUCCAAGCUCUCAUUAGCGCUUUUUCAUGUUACAGCAGAGCUAUUUGUGAUAUGUAUGUGAAACCGGGCCAACUUCUUGAGCCGUACUGUCAUAAUACCACCCCAUCCCAAACACAACAAACCUUUAAAGUUAGUUUUAACAUGACUAACAUUCCCAAAUAAUAUUUUCCAUGAGGUUUUCUGUGUGCCUCAUCACCGUGUGCUUAUGUAUUUGUGGCUAGGAAGUGUGUGUGUGUGCCUCUUUAAGUGGAAAAACACUUUUGGGCAUCUAUGACAAAAUAGUCCGUGGGUUUGUUUCUGAAGAGUUGAAAUGUUAAAUGUGAAGGCUGUAUGAUGAGCAAAAACACCGAAGUGAAGCGCUCCACUGGCUCCAUGGGCCUGAGGACUAAAUACUGUCGCUUUAACUGUUUGACACAAAACUUGCACGUUACACUGCGAGUAACAUGAAUAAAAGCUGUGAAAAUAAAGAUUUUCAGUUUGAAUUUGUAGCUCCAGAUCAAGUAACACAAAAUAGUGUGGCCAUGUGCUCCAAACGUGUAAAAGUGAUCUCUAAUAUGCAGUCCUGUAAAGCAGUGGUUGUCGACAUUUAUUGAUCUAAGGCAGUGGUCCCCAACCCCCGGGCCGUGGCCCCCAUGGGUCAUUUGGUACUGGGCCACACAGAAAGAAAAAAUAAUUUCCAUUAUUUCAUUUUUUUUAAUGCUUUAUUUUGAAAAGUGGCCGGAUUCUCUCCGUUACAUCUGUCUCACUUGACGCAUGUCCAUUGUGCGUGUGCUAACUUUAUCUCAUGCCGCACAGAUAGACUACUACUGUAUUUUUACCAUUUUUCUUUCACCUCAUAUUUGGUGUCAAAUGCUGAUACUAUGUGGGAAUGCAUAAAGGUAAGUUUUGAUGACUUAUUGAGUGCUAAUGUGCACAUUUGUCUCAAGUUAAUUCAUGCUAGCACACUGCCUUUUACCACACACGUCAAACAGUGAUGUAAUAAUCUCUCUGGAAAAACUUGGCUGGAACUUGAACUGGUGGAUGGUGGGUCGCCAUUCAUUUUGUGCUUUUAAUUUGAUGUUAUUCAUGUCUUAGUUUUACACAAUACAUCAUAAAUUAGAUAAAUUAGAUCGCUAUAAUGUACAGAAUGUCCGCGGGACAUUUGUGGCAACACAAGCCGGUCCGUGGGUCAAAAAAGGUUGGGGACCACUGCUCUAAGGUACUUUAGACAAAUCUCAUGGCACACUACCAAACAAAAAUGUAUGACCUCCUGCCAUCUUGUGGAAGAACAUUCAAUUUGUUUGUCUGUGGCAUAGAUAGCUGAACAAAGAUGCAUUAUUUGCAGAAAACAAAUCAUAAUUUUCGGACCAAUUAAGUGAAAUUGGAUAAUUUCUCUAGUGUGCUGCAGCACGGUGGUUGGGAAUGCUCGUUGUUUAUCACAGGCAUCCAUUUAGAUAUGACGAGUCUUUAGAGAAAGAACAUGCCUUCACUUGAGAGCGUCAAUGAUUGGUAGUCGUAAUUCACGCUGUGACAUCUCUGAUUGGCUAAUGAUCACCUUAGCGCCUCCGACGAACCCAAAUGAUACCUGCUAAUCAUUCACUCUCAUUCACUCAUAAUGUUCCUCCUCUGCGCCGUGGAGCUUAGCCAUUGAAGGAGAGCGAUGCUAACGUUGUCUAAUCAUCUCAAGUGGAUGUCUGCCGAAGAAUGACGAGCAGAAUGUCUUGCGGCAGAUUUAUAGAGGCUGGAAGAGUUACUGACUGCAGCCGCAUAAAGAUUUGGAAUUUGAAGCAGUUGUUGUUAUGAUAACUAACUAUGUGCGUACGGUGCUGCUGCUGUGGCUGUCUUGCACACUGGAAGGGCCGUUGCAAGCGAGGGAGAGACAGUCUUAUUAGGAGGAUGAAGUCUCAAUAAUGACACCACUACACUGCUUAGUUCUCACUGUUCAUUUAUCCUUGAUGGUGGUCACACCGACUGAGGACAGCCAGCAUUGAUUUCUCCACGGAGCAUUUUGCAACGUCGAAUUUUGCAACGUCGAAUUUUGCUUGACUUUUCACUUUCACUUUCUGCCACCAGAAGAGUCUGCCUCACGCUCGGGAGACACAUGUGACAAACAAAAGUGACAUAGUGAUUAUGUAUUCUUCCGCCCCCGCACAGGUAACUGGUAACUGUUUCUCUUUUUGUACAGUAUGAAUUAUGUACGGGAGCGCGUUCCGUUAGCUAUUACGCAGUCUAAUAGCUAUACUAGGAUACCUGAACAUAAUGUCACGUUAGUGUCCUCCCUCCUGUAUGCUCACCAACAAAACCUUUCCACCAAGCAGCAGAAGAACCACUUUUAUGUGUCAUGCUCGCGCUUCCAUGUGACAAAACAAAAAUAUGCUCCACUUCUUUGCUGCUACGAUACCACACGAUCGACGGCCUCUCUCACACUGCCUUUUUAAAACUAGUGAUGUUCUUUUUCACUGGUGGCUGUUCUGUGUGAAAAACACAGUUUUUGAGAAUGGGAGGGAAGUAGACCCAUGAAUUUGUCAGCUUCGGAUGUAGUAUUAGUGGCGUAAGAGAAGCAGGAUGGCGGCUGUGAAAAAGGGAAUAGCGUGAAGCCGGAACGGGUCUGCGAAGUUUCACACCCGAGACUCACUUCUUCUGUCCUAUUGUGCUGAAAGCGAUUGUCGCUGUGGGACAUGUACUGUAUAUGUUACACCACAUGCUGGCGUAGACGUCACCAAACAUGUUAUUAAUUCACGAAGGAGACUUGCUCUGUGAACUUGUACAGUGUGAGACACAGGCGAUUAGCCUAAAACGUGAUACAUCUUUCAAGAGAAAGCUUUAUGUUAUUAUUAGUUAUUAAUAUCAACAUUUCAGAUAUUUUUUCUUUACAUUAUACCUCCUUUUUUUUGUCAAAUUUUUUGCUGUUUUUUUGUUGAUUUUACUUCUACAAUGUGCCGUGGGCCGAUAACAAACGAGCCACGGGCCCGGGUCGCACUUUGGACACCCCCUGCUUGUGUAGCUCUGUGAGUAUCCACAUCUUUUGUUGACUAUAGUUAGUUUCCCGACACAAGCGAACAAUGGUAAUUAAAGAGAGAAGGGGGUUGUCAUUGCAGCUGGAAGUAAUCGACGCGUGACCACAGUCAGUAGAUACAGACAAACAGACAAAAAUACAGAGAAAAAAUAAUGUCAUAAUGUCACUAGAUCGUUAAUGCUUGCUGUGUACAAAAAAUGCUUACACGUUAGCAGGUCUGUCAGUGUGAGCACAGGCCAGCACCAUUCAUACCAUGCUGGUGCGAGUACGGUCUUCAUUUUGGUUAAAGUUCUUGGUGGCAGGGUUGCUGUGGUGCAAAGGUGCAUUUAGAAAUUGGACUUUUUUGCCAUCUUUUUGGUCUUUGAAUAAAAAUGUUGACAAUCAAAUCUGAUUUGUUAGAUUUUUCCCAUAGUGGAGUGGUCUUUUUAGUUUAUUUUUAAAUGCACAGUCACUGGGAAUUCCUCCAAAUGAACUGAUUUGUCAUUUGGGAUGUUUUCCACCUCAAAGAAAAAGGUGAAAACACUCAGAUCAACAAAUAAGGUGUGCAGCAACACUACCUUUAUUAAUAUACUGUAGUGACACAGAAAACAAGAUGAAUAAAACGGUCACUUUGGCCAAGAGGGCAUAUCACACAUCAGAAAAAUGCACAUGAAAUAGGAACAAAAUGGCUUGAAAAAAACAGCAAGUCGCCCCAACGCUCAGUUAGCAGCCUCAUUUCUUGGAUUAAAAUCCACAGUCAGGGAAUAAACUGAAGUUGGCAUAACAGCCUUACCCAUUUUAAAUGAGACGCCAUGUUGGUUGCUGUCAUGUGAUUUGUAUGAAGCUUGCAGAUAUUGACCAAGGGAGACAAAAUGGGUGGCCGCUGGCCGCGUUGGACAGGUGACUGCUAUACACAGGGUCUAUAACAUGUAAAUUUGCUGCUAUAGGUGGCUGCUAUAGGCAGGUGGCCGUUCUUUAAAGGUGGCCGCUAAGACAGGUUUGACUGUACCUCCAUGAUUUUUUUAGUAGCCAUUAUGAGCCAAUAAAUUCGUACAUGUUGACGGCUGUCCUAUAGCGCUCACCUCCGCUCCUUUUAGGCAGUAUAGGUUUUUUAUUUAAAGUUAAACACACACAUCAUUUUCAAUUCUUGAUUAAAUUAGGACGAUUUUCAAAACAGGCUAUGUAUAACAAAAACAAAGACAUUCUAUGUAAAAAUGUAUGCUCAGCAGCAGCCGCAGGCACCCCCGUGUAGUCAGAGUGGUACAGUCUUGAUCACUUGACAUUUUUAUAUCAUUCACUGUGAGGUUAAUCGUCAAAUCAACCUCCUCUGAAUCGAAUUGUCAAAUUGUAAAUUCAAGACAGAUCAAAAUUGAUCCUUCCAAAGCGUACAAUGGCAAACUGAGGAGAGAACUGGAAGCCUGUUGAAUGUGUUUGUGAAGAAAAUAUGGCGAGGAGCGUUGAUGCUUGAGCUUAUUGAGCAUUUGGAGUUGAGUACAUGGCAAAUCAGAAUGCUUGACACAAAAGCACCAGCAGGCCAUGUCAUUCUCUUUGCCUCCAUAUUGCUGUCCUUCUAUGGGGGCUCCAGAGGCUAGUUAAAAGGUGUCUGAUUCUCACCAUGAAUCUAAUUAGAUCUCUGACUGGGGUCUUAACGAGAAAAAAAAAACGAUUUAAGCAUAGAGGGAUAAAGGUGCCCAGGCGCUGUCUUCACACCUCCAGUGCACCUUGGCCUGAGUCGUCCCCUGCUCCCUCCUUUGCUGGAGAAAAACAAAGUCCUGCAGGCUAAUGAAGUUCGUAAUUAAGGAGAUUUUGUCAGGGUGAAUGAGUAAUUAGGACAAGGUUUCUCAGGGGUGUUAGUGGUGGCCAGGCUCAGUGGAGCGCAGACUGUAUACGUGCGGCCACAGUCAUCAUCUUCUCUUCCUUCACAUCCACAACAUCUUUAAUGUAUCAGCUGGAAAUGUGCUGAUGUGCGGAGUUGCGAUAUCAUUUAAGAUCAGUCACCACGCUAGCAGAUGUGUCUCUCUCCCGACCAUGUUUAUAGAAAUGUAUGCAAUAUGCUGCUGCGUUGGUUACCACGCUACGGAUCUCUGAUGUGUUGUGAAAUCAGAUAUAAUUGGAGGAAAAUGGCUGAGGGACAUGGCUGCGCUCUGUUCACGGCGAAGACAUGUCCGUCCUAAUUAUCACAUUUACUUCAGAUUGGUUGACUAUGCAGCUGAUAAAGAAAGUUCACCUGGCCUCAAUUAACUAUAUUUAUCUGAGAUUAUCCCUCCAUGAGAUUUCUGCUCUUGCAAAAAGAUUAGCGUCAGUAAGAGUCGCAUAUGCGGGAUGAAUACGUUUUCACACAAAGUGACAUCUCCAAAGCAGGAGAAAUAAAAUCAAUGAAAGAAU